CACACAGCGGGACUGCUGCAGUAAAUGAAGGGAAUUUCAUGAGUGCAUGCCUGCCUCUAGCGAAUGCUUGAUCGGUCACAGCUGAGUACAUGUCAUACUGAUACCUAAAGAGAAGAAGUGGUGGCUACAUCUCAUGUGGGUUGGAACAAUUUCUCCGAUACCUUGCAGUCAAUGUACAACUACUACAACUAUUGCUGCUGCUGUUGCUGCUGAUAUACCUAUUACAAUGGAAGAUCAUCUCAUCAGUACAAUAAACUGAAUAUAUGAUCAUGUACCGUCAACACAGAGGAUUUAUACAGGCUCUACCUUUUCAUUUGUAAUUUACUUUAAAAGGAACCAUGGUGAGCAAGGAAGCCAGCAAAUGCCUGCUCACAAAUUCAGACACAGAGGUCGAGGCAUCCGCUUCGUUAGCCCUGGAGAUGAAAUACUCACUGGAUCCCAACAGGCAGAUUAGAAAAAGAAAUAAAGCCCUGCAGGUAAGAUUUAAGGACAUCUGCGACGCCCAAAACGAACAAAGGGAACUGGCCAAGCAAUCGGAAAGAAAGGGUACGAAACCAAUCUCUUGUAAAGCGGCUUACCGCAAGUACAUGACUGUGCCAGCAAGAAGGUCAAUACCCAACGUUACCAAGAGCACUGGGGUGCAGACUUCUCCCGAUCUCAAAAAACGCUACCAGACGUUCCCUUUUGAGCGGAAGAAAGGACAUGCUAUUAAGAAUGCAUCGGUCAUGGAAGGCUUCAAAAGUCACAACAAUGGAUUUGUAAUUGACAUUAAGAGUAAUAAAGACAAAGUAAGCUCAGGGGAAGCUGCUCAAUGCAGCAAGAAGGUCAGCGAUCAAAAAGAAGCAGUGUUGACUUCACAUACUAAUGACUGCUUAAACGCAGUAGAUAAGCAUUCCAGUGGUAACUGUUCCGAUGGAACAACAUGCACCAAUGCCUUGUUGCAUAGCUACUCUGAAGAUACCCCUUGUUUUUCAAACCCAGUAGACUCCAGUUUAAAAGAGCCUGUUUACCAGCUGUGCAAUAUUAAACCCAAACUUCACAGAGGAGCAUCACAAGGCAACCAGGACUCUAAUCAGUCAGCACACACGCAGACGCUAAACUCCGAACAAGUUUCAAUCGCACAGGUGACGGAAACAGCUCACAGGGUCACUGGUCCCAUUGCCUGGAACUCUUUAACACAGGUUGAAUGUCUGGAAAGUCCGUCAGCAGGGAAAAAACACAAGAAAGCUUUGCAGUUGAAUGGACUGCACUCGCAACCAUUAAGUAGCCAGGUCUGCUCGAUACAGGCUCAGUGCCAAUCAAGCCAGUGUAAUGAACAGUCCCUUCAGACCCAUGCUUCACCUGCAGUGGAAACUCAGUCCUGUCAGGGCGCAAGGGCAGCGAGUGAGACUUGCCAGCAGAUUGUGCCUCUUGCACAAGACGGGGACCUAAAAGCACAGCUCCACGUGAUGGAAAACCUUAUCAGCUCCAGUCAGGAGACCAUCAAAGUGCUGCUGGGCGUCAUUCAGGAGUUGGAAAAGGGAGAAGCCCACAGAGAAGGUCUCUCCUACCGAACUGGACAAGACACAGCAAACUGCGACACCUGUCGAAACAGCGCAUGCAUUAUUUACAGUGUUGAGCUAGACUUCAAGCAACAAGAGGACAAACUUCAACCAGUUUUGAAAAAGCUCUGUCAAUUUGAAGAAACUCAGGUUCCAUCUCUGCCUUACCCCCAGGAGGGGUUUGCUUCAACACCGAAACGGAAAUCCAAAACCGAGUCAAAGAAGCACGCCAGGUGGAAACUCUGGUUUCUUUGAACAGGACUCUCUCAAAUUGUAUGGCCUACCUUCACCAACACAUGGAUAUUAGUUCUAAACAAUCCCAGAGAUUAAACACGAAAUGGAUCUGGAAAGAGGUAUACAUUUUUUUUUUUUAAUCCACAAGAUCAGUUGCAAAAAGUGUUUCACCUGGAUAACACUCAAUUGUUUACCAAAAAGGGAUUGACAGACUUAAAUCAUUUCCUGGCGCAAAGAGUGAAAAUACAUUGUGUCUACUUUCUUGCAGAUCAGUAAGGUGGGCAGUAAAUGGAAAUGAUUUAUUUAUGUAUGUUUUAGUUUUUUAUUUUUCUGCCAUCAAUCCACAAGAUACUGCUUCAAAUCCAAAAGGCAAGUCACAACUGUGUGGCUUUUGAUUUUCAUGAUAUAUCUGAAGAGGAACUAUUUUUUACGGCAAAUCAGAUUCUGGACAAAGCACUUUUUUUCCCAAAAUAGUCAGAGCCCAUUCAAAAUCUCUAUGAUGAAACCAUAGAGGAUAAAAAAAAAAAAAAAGUUUUUUUUGUUUGUUUUUUUGUUAAUAAAUUGGUGACAUGUCAAAUAUUUUGAUUUAUCAACCAUUUGCAUCACCAGACUUCCAACAUGUCUACUGCUCCUCAUCAAAGGGGUGUGUGAGUGUGUGUGGGGAGGUGGUGGUGAGCAGCAAUACAUCUCCUCAAGUCAAUACUUACUUUAGACACUACAAGCUCACAGGGUCAAGCUUCAAGACUCCAAGCCUUCUACUGGGAGAAUUUCUAAUUUGCUAGUAUGUAAAUAUCAUGCCGCUUUCUAAUUCUGGAAACUCCAGCUGUAUUAUACUAUAAAAUAAUAAAACAAAAAUUGUUAUUUAAAAAAAAAAAAAAAAGUAUAGUCAACCCUCUAUAUACCGCCAGGUAAGGGCCAUGGGCUAAAACGGGCAAUAAGCGAGGGUGGCGUUACAGUGAGGGUCAACAAAACAAAACAAAACAAAACAAACAAAACAAAAAAACACACACGCACACACACACACACACACAGACACACACACACAACCUUCUAUGUUUGCAAUAAAUUCAAACGUUUUAAAUUUUUUUCUUAUACAAUUACUCCAGGCUAUUUUAAUAAAACAUUAUUUUUUUUUUUUAAACUACAGUACUAGGUCUUAACACAACAGUAGGUAUACUAGUGACGUUUUAUCAUCUUUUCCCAUCUGUAUGAAACAUACAUGGUUACUUUUGAGGAACAGUUUAUACUUAAAAAAAAUAACACAAAAAUAAAACAGUCAUUUGGUUUCAAAACACCCAAACAACAAAAACAUAAAAACGUACGAUUUAUUUAUUUAUUUUUUUUUAACUGUACUGGUCAUUUGAACUUUACUGCUUGUGGCACAACUGUAAGCCUGCUGAAUACUAUCCCCCACUGUACCAUGCCAUCUAUAUUUCACAAAGCAAUUUAAGCUCAACAGCAUUCUUUUUUAAGCAGUUAAAAAAAAGUUGAAUAUGUACAGGCAAACACUUAUUUUAAAC